AUGGCAUCAGCUUCAUUAUCAACCCUCCGAGCUGUAGGAAACUGGUUAGUUGUCACUGGUAUUGACCUUGGAACAACAUAUUCUGGAUAUGCUUAUUCUUUUCGAUCCGAUUUUGAAAUGGAUCCGCUAAAAAUAACUUCUAAUGAUUGGUCUAAAGACGGUGUCCACAGACCAGAAGUAAAAGCACCAACUGUGAUUUUAUUAAACAAAGAUCAAUCGUUUAAUUCAUUUGGAUAUAGAGCACAGAAAAUAUAUGGGGAUCUUUUAGACGAACCAGAAGAAGCUUCUCAAUACUAUUUUAUUCAAAACUUCAAAAUGCAAUUAUAUGAUAAGAUGGACAUAAGCUUAGAAAUGACAAUUGAAGAUGUAUGUGGAAAAAAGGUUCCAGCAAUUACUGUUUUCACAGAGGCUAUAAGAUUUCUAAAGAAUCACUGUCUUGGAGUAUUUAAUGAACGGGAUUUGAAAUUCACAAUACACGACAUCUUCUUCGUUAUAACUGUACCGGCGAUAUGGACAGAUGCAGCAAAGCAGUUCAUGAGGGAAGCAUCUGAAAGGGCAGGAAUUCACAGCUCCAAAAUGAUCUUGGCAUAUGAACCAGAGGCCGCCGCUUUAUACUGUAGCCUACUUCCUGCAGAUCAGGGCAUCGCAAAGUUCUUUCAGGAAAACAGAAAAAUAAUGAUAGUUGAUUUAGGCGGAGGUACUGUGGAUAUAACGGUUGUCAAGGUUAUAAAGAAAAUUGAUAAACUAACGUAUUUUGAGCAUGUCCACAAAGUUGAAGGUGGCGCAUGGGGCGGUUAUCACGUCAACACACAAUACGAACGCUUUCUUGAAGAUUUAUUUGGAAAAGAAAUCAUGGAGGAAUUUAAGAGAUCGAAUAUGUCAAAUUUUAUUGAAAUGAUGAAUGACUUCGAGAGUGAAAAAAAAACUCUGUCUGACGAACAAAAAAAAGUUGGAGUCAAAAUAAGUGGAGAACUUAGAAGUCAAUAUCACUUAAAACAUGGUAAAGAUAUAAAGAAAACACUUGAAGAAAUGUUUAAUGGUCAAGUUAAGGUUAUUGGCGACAAGUUGAAGUUUGAUGCUGACAUUUUUAGAUCGUUUUUUAAUGAAUGUAUACAACAUAUUGUCAAUCUGAUCGGUAAAACGUGUGGUUGUAAGGGUUGUGAAUAUCCGUCUGCCAUGAUUUUGGUCGGCGGAUUUUCUGAUUCAAAUGUUGUCCGUAAAGCCAUAAAGGAUGCGUUUCCAGCUAUCAAAACAAUAGUGUCUCCAGUUGGAGCGGUCUUGUCAGUCCUGAAAGGCUCUGUUGUUUUUGGACACGAACCAACCAUUGUUACCGGCCGGGUGUGUUGCAAAACAAUAGGCGUAGCUCUUCACAGGCCAUAUAAUCCGGCAAUACACGUGCAAGAUAAAACAUUCAAACUUGGUGGUAAAAUACGCGUUGAUGACUGUUUUGAAAAGAUGUUUACCGUAAAUGAAGUUGUACACCUUGGUCAGAUGAAAACAAUAGAGGUGCAUGAUUUACUUACUGAUUCACAAGUUCAAAGUCGAAGAAAGCAACCCAAAUCCAUUGAAGUAUAUGCAACAAAAUCAGAUGACCCUAAAUACAUAACAGAUCCAGGGUGCGUACUUUUGGGCAGAAUCACUGUAAAUCCGCCUGGGGGUAAAUGGCCUGAAGUUGUUGAAGGUUAUAUAGAAAUGAAACCAGGUGGAACGGAGAUCACUGUUAUAUAUCGUGACAAACAUACUGGUCUUAUAACCGAGGGUCAAAUUGAUUUUAUUUGAUUAAUCAUUAUACAAACUGAGAUAAAUACCGAUUCGAUAAUACAUUACAAUUAUACGUGUUUUAAUGAAACUUGCCGACAUCUUUCCUUUCAUUAUUCUUUUUAUUCUCAAAAUGAGUUUUUAUUUUAGCAAAUAAAGAAAAUAAUCGGAAUCAAAAUGUUUAACAUUAAAGAGAUAUAUGAACGGAUUUUCUGAAUUUUCCACCAUUUGGACUUCGCAAGUAUUUAAAAACGAAGAACGUAUAAGAACUGAAAAUAUGGUAGAAAUAUGACAAAAAUGAACACACCAAGUAGAGCCUGUACCAUUUAAGGUCAACUUUGUUUGGAAGAACGUACUACGUAAUUUGGUGAAAUUUAAAAAAUGUAGACAUUGAAAAUUGAUACUAUUAGCGAAACGAACGUUACUUUAUGUAUAGAGGAAGCUUACAUAUACAUGUACCACCAUUUUCUUGGAGUGUAGAUUUUUUUGUAUGUUUGGAAGGCAAAUGCAUAAUCGAAACUGACGAGACUUAAUAAAAAAUUUAAAAAAGGAUAUUUCAUGUCGACAGUUCUAGGACAGAGAUACCAAACUAAAUAUCAGCAGUAGCAUCAAUUAUACUACCAACUAUAGCGGAUUUUUUUAGAGUUUCUGUUAGAUUUAUUUAUAUUUGUGUUUGAAUUUUGUGUCAGUAGUGAUAUAUGUAUACACACAUUUUGAUACUGAAUCCUUGAUAUUUGUCACAUUUACUUGUUACAUGUAUUUUAGUAUAAGAAGUGAUACAAUUGUCAAUGAUACAACUCAACACAAAAGACCACAUCGCAAAGAAGUAAAAAAUGAUAGCUUACAAUAUGAUCUUCAACAAUGGGCAAAAUCCAUACAGCAUAAUUUGCUACACAAAACUUCGAAAUUACAAAAGUAUAUCAGGUAAAACGUGGCAUAGAAACAUUCAACACAACAACAAAAAAGUCACUUAGAGUAGAUAGGAGGAUACUCAUAGUUCAUGACAACUAAUUUAAAAUUAACACCAACUAACACACCGUCUGUUUGGGUUGCCAAAUUUUGUUAAUAUAUGUCACGGAAUUAUAAACAACAGUCAAACCAGGUGGAGUUAUAGCAAGCUAACAAAACGUGUUUUUAAGCCAUCAUUAUCUCAAGACAAUACGUGUACAAAAACCAAAUUUUGACGGUGGUUAUUCUGUUAAUCGAAGCGUUUGAUUUUGUCGGUUAUAUGAUAUUUUUGUAAACUCAUCCAAUAUAUCAGGAAUAUAAUUUGGUACGUACGCCAGACUCGCGUUGUAUAUACUCAUCUCCUUUUUUCGAUUGAUGUUAAGUAAUAAGACAUUUUACUGAAGCCGCAAAAGAAAAUUCUACAUUUUCAUACUUGCGUGUUUAUUUUAAACUCCAAAAUAUUAUAACCCAAACAUGAAA